AUGCUGACAUUUGUGGUGUUGGGAUUACUGUUCCUCCCUCAAACAGUAAGCAGGAUAUCUGCUGUUAAAUGCGCAACGAGUGAGCCUAUUCCUAUUCUUCACAAGUAUUUUCAAUCAGGGGAGCUCACUAUUGCUGGCAUAAUUUCUCAGAUCUACAUCCUUUAUGAUCCAAUCACGUUUGAAAGACAUCCCUAUCAGGAGCUGAUUGAUGAUUUCAUGCUACUGUCACAGAACUACCAGCACAUUUUGGCCUUGGUAUUUGCAGUGAAGGAGAUCAACGAGAACCCCCAAAUCUUACCCAACAUCACUCUUGGCUUUGACAUCUAUAAUCAUUACUUUAAUCCACAAUUCACAAGUGAGGCAGCAUUAAAAGUUCUCUCCACACAUGACAAAUUCAUCCCUAACUACAAAUGUGAUGUCGAGAACAAUCUGGUAACUGUCAUUGGGGGACCCAAUUCCAACAUCAUUGGACAUAUUGCAACCAUACUGGGCAUCUACAAGUUUCCACAACUGAUAUAUGCCUCUGCUUCAGAGACAAAUAACAAUGCUGAAGAUGCUUUCUUCCACUGGAUGUUCCCCAAUGGGGCCCAUCAAUACAGGGGGAUCCUCCAGUUAUUGUUGCAUUUCAGGUGGACAUGGAUUGGGGUGCUUUACCUUGAUGUGGACAGUUCUAAGAUAUUUGUGCAGAAGGUGCUUUCCACGUUUGCCAAUAAUGGUAUUUGCUUUGACUUCAUCAAAACCAUACCAGAUAUAGGAUUUUCUAAUCAACUCCAUGAAAUGGCAGAGAGGGCAUGUGAGAUUAUAAAUAUCACCAUGGAAAGCACAGCCAAUACCGUGAUCUUCCAUGGUGACUUUCAGGCAAUGUUAAACUUAAGAAUCCUGCUCAGGUUCUCACAAUUUGGGGAUGUACCAGUGAAGAUGAAGGUCUGGAUUAUGACAGCAGAUGUGGAUUUCACAUCAAUUCCUGUUCAAAGAAGCUGGGAUAUUCAUUUCAUCCACGGCUCUGUAACCCUUGCAGUCUCCUCAAAAGAGGUGGCAGGAUUCCAGGAAUUUCUGCAAAUGAGGAACCCAACACUGGAAAAAGAGGAUGGUUUCCUGUGGGACUUCUGGCAAAAGCUCCCCCACUUUCUGAGAAACACCCCAUUUAACAACAGUGCUGGAGAUGAGGUUUCCUUUGACCUUAAUGGGGAAUUAGUAGCUGGGUUUGAUAUUAUCAACUGGGUGACAUUCACAAACCAGUCCUUCCUUAGAGCAAAAGUUGGAAGGAUAGAUCCUCAGGCACACUCAGAGAAUGUGUUCACCAUUUCUGAAGAUGCCAUCAUAUGGCCCAGCAGGUUCAAUCAGACACACCCUCUUUCAGUGUGUAAUGACAAUUGCCUUCCUAGUUAUCACAAGACAAAGAAGGAAGGGAAACCAUUUUGCUGUUAUGAUUGUCAUCCCUGUCCAGAGGGGAAGAUUGCAAACCAGAAGGAUAUGGAUAGCUGCUUUCAGUGUCCAGAAGGCCAUUAUCCAAAUAUUAACAGGGAUUUCUGCCUCCCAAAAACGAUAACUUUCUUGUCUUAUGAAGAUUCUUUGGGAAUAGGUUUGGCCAUUGCUGCUCUCUCCCUUUCUUUCAUUACAGCUCUGGUGCUGGGAACCUUUAUGACACACCAUGGGACGCCUAUUGUCAAAGCCAAUAACCGGAGCCUUUCCUACACUCUCCUCGUCUCCCUCCUGCUUUCUUUCCUUUGUGCUUUUUUAUUCGUUGGUCGACCCAAUGCAGUGACGUGCCUCCUUCGACAAACCGCUUUUGGUAUCAUCUUCUCAGUGGCUGUUUCUUGCAUGUUGGCCAAAACCAUCACCGUGAUUCUAGCUUUCAUGGCCACCAAGCCAGGAUCCAAAAUGAGGAAAUGGAUGGGGUGGAAAGUGACUGCCUCUAUUGUUCUUUCAUGCUCCCUUAUUCAAGUCACUCUUUGCACUAUCUGGCUGGCAACCUCUCCACCGUUCCCAGAAUUGGACAUGCAUUCAGCUAUUAGUGAGACCAUUGCACAAUGUAAUGAAGGGUCAGAUGUAAUGUUUUAUUGUGUAUUGGGCUUCAUGGGUUUCUUGGCUACUGUCAGUUUCACUGUGGCUUUCCUAGCCAGGAAGUUACCAGACACUUUCCAGGAAACUAAGUCAAUCACCUUCAGCAUGUUAUUGUUUUGCAGUGUUUGGUUAUCUUUCUUCCCUACCUACCUGAGCACCAAAGGCAAAUACAUGGUGGCUGUUGAGAUCUUCUCCAUCUUGGCUUCCAGUGCAGGAUUACUGGGUUGUGUCUUUUUCCCCAAAUGCUACAUUAUUUUGCUGAGAUCUGAUUUGAACAAAAAGACACAUCUAAUAAAAAGAAUAUGUUAA